AUGAGAGGGUACCUAACUUCCAUAAACUGGUCCAAUGUCUUCAAGGAGGAAGAUCCCGAAACAACCUGCACCAAUCUCACCAACUUACUGCAAGAUGCCAUGGCCGCAUUCAUACCAACCAGAAAGCCUGGAGAUAAAGCUUGGUUUGACGAUCAGUGCUGGAGGGCAGCCACAAAAAAGCGCCGACUCUAUUGCAAGAUGCAGGCCUCAAACAACCUGACUGUAAAACAGAAGUUUCUUGAAGCAAGAGCAGCGUUCAAUCAAACUGAAAUGCGAGCAAAGAGACAAUAUAACAACAAAUUGAAAAAAGACCUAUCGGACAAAUCGCUCAGCUCUAAGAAGUGGUGGGGAAUUGUGAAUUCACUUUCAGGGAGAAGUGGCUCCACAGACAUCCCAGUCAUCGAACACCAAGGCAUCCCCCACAUAACAGCAAGUGAAAAGGCCAAUAUCUUCUGCCAGACUUUUGCGGACAAGUGUACUUUGCCUGGGGCAUCUGCGCUACCUCAACUCCAGUGCCCAUUACCAUCCUCUUUUUUCGGCGAAGUCAACUUCAGACCCAAAGAUGUCAGGAACAUCCUUCGCAAAUUGGACCCAGGAAAGGCCACAGGGCCUGAUGAAAUCCCAACAAGGGUCCUGAAAGAGUGCACCGCGGAACUGGCCAGUCCCCUCUGUCAUCUCUUUCAACUCCUCUUUUCCCGUGGCUUGUUCCCUGACCAAUGGAAAACUGCAAGAGUAAUCCCAAUUCACAAAAGGGACUCUAAAUCGGAUCCAUCCAAGUACCGUCCCAUAUCCCUGCUCUCUGUCAUCAGUAAAGUGAUGGAAUCCUCUGUACACAAACAGCUACAGGGAUUUCUCCUCCGUCAUGACCUUAUCUCGAAUAAACAAUAUGGUUUCAGACCUAACCACAGCACAGCCGACCUCCUUACAGUUUUGUCCCAGACAUGGAACAACAUCCUUGACAAAGGUGGAGAAGUAUAUGCUGUCGCACUGGACAUCAAGGGCACGUUCGAGCAGGUCUGGCACAAUGUCCUUUGUGCAAAGCUAUCAUCAAAGGGCGUAACCGGAAGAUUGCACGUCUGGUUACAGAACUACCUUCAAGCAAGAUCCAUCAAAGUUGUGCUUUCUGGUCAGUCUUCUUUACCACAUCCCAUCAACGCAUCUGUACCUCAGGGAUCGAUUCUGGGCCCACUGUUAUUUUCCAUCUUAAUUGAUGAUGUUGUGGAACAGUGUGAGAACAACAUUUUCCUGUAUGCAGACGACUCUACCAUCGUCACACCAGUAACAUCGUCAAAUGCGCCUGAGGUGACUGCGUCCCUGAACAAAGACUUGGAAAACCUCCGGAAGUGGGCCGAUGCCUGUAAGGUCACUUUUGAGCCCAGCAAGUGCAAGGCGAUAAUCCUGUCCAAAAAGAGGAAUCCCUCUCGAUCUGACCUGUUCUUUGGGACCACCAAGAUCACACUUAGUGAGCAGAUGGAGGUGUUGGGUCUUUCUAUAGACAGCAAGCUCACAUGGACCAGCCAUUUGUCCAACAUCUGCAGACGUGCUGGACAACGUCUUGGUGCACUGCGUAAGCUGGCCAACAAGCUUGAUGCCAAGGGCAGGGCCAACAUUUAUAAGACCCAGGUCAGGAACAUCAUGGAGUACUCCUGCCUGGCCUGGAUGAACGCCUCUCCGACCACUCUUAGGCAGCUAGACCUCAUCCAGAAGAACGCUAUAAAAAUCAUCAGGGUGGAUGAGGACCUUGCCCUUCAGCAGUACUCCAUCAGCAAGCUGGGUCACCGGCGAACAGUUGCAGCAACAACCGUUCUUUAUAAAAUGCACAUCCCCAACUGUCCAGUGGACCUCAAAGCUCUGCUACCCCAAGCCCACACCGUGGGAAGAAUCACCCGGAGAGUACUACCAAGUCACGCCCUGAAAGUCCCCAAGUUAAAAACCAAUUGCCUUGACAGGAGCUUUCUCCACUCUGCUAUAACAACUUGGAAUAGCCUUCCCCCUGCAGUUGUUGGAGAUAUUACAUCUACUGGUGUUCACGCCUUCAAGAAGAGGCUGAACAAAUACCUCCUCAGUAUAUGA